UCUCCGUUCUUCUUUCUUCUCUUCUCUCUCUUCUCUCUCUUUGCGCUGUUCUUUCUUUCGUUUUUUUGUUGCGUUCCUUGUUCCAACCCCAGUAGUGUGCCCUCAGUAAGUGCUCAAGGAUGGGUAAUUCUCAUUGGAUCGGGGAAGUGGUCACAGAAUACGCCGAGGUGUUUAUCAUCAUGACCCCGUUGUUGGUGGGGGUCUGUCUUUGUUUAUGUUGUUGGAACUGCACAGCCGAUCAAUACUCGACUGGAUUCACCUCUGUCCGCACAUUUGAGCACGGAAUCCGAGGUCCAGGGAAUGUUCUCAUUCAGAGCAUGGGCCACCACACCGAGGUCAACAAGAAGCGAGGGUUUCAAGUACUGAAGCCAACACUCUCCGUGGAGUCUCAUCAUGAACAUUACGAUGCGCCACAUAUGGCGGGUCCUUCUGGUUCAAAUCACAAAUCGAAACAUUGGUCGAGACACCCCCCAAUCCCCUCUUCUCACGGUCUUGGUACCAAUCGUCAUUCGUCGGAGAACUUUCGCCAUUGAUUGUUUUGGAUUGGAACAUAUUUUCGAUGUGGUCCCAAAACCCUGAUGACCAAAUCCCAGAUAGACAGAGCAAAAAAGCUUUCUAUGUGUUUUCCACCCAAACCCACACCUGUAUUGAUGUUGGAAUUUAUACAUGGCCAUAUAUUGGUUUGCCUUGAUGCGUUAUAGCCAGAGGCAAACCAUUCAUACAUUCAGAAUGAAAAUAAAUUUGACCUGAAA